AUGGCAGCGACAGAGAUAAGCAUCGAUGACCGGAACUUGGUCAUCGAGGUCGUACUCGACACUCAGUGGCUAUUCGAGGGUUUCCAAAAGACAAAAGGCAGCGAUUUGGUUGGACGGAUUGCUCGCUUCUUCCAAUCGAAUCCGAAUUGGAACGCUACCGGAUACAACCAAAAGAUGGCACAACUUGCCGGAACAUCUAUCGACAAUGUCAAUCUUCUCGAGAUGUACUGGGGAAACUGGGGGCGAUAUUCGAAGUAUUCCAAGUUUGCGAACGAGACCAUCCCGUAUCUAGGUCACCCUACUCAAAGCCAGAUUUUUGUACCAGUAUACAUAGUUCUUUCAUUACUCACCUUCGCGGUCAUUGUAACGAGAAUGUACUCUCGUAUGACAAUUGCUGGAUUCGUGAGAUCAUAUGAUUACGUUCUUCUGGGUGGCUUCAUCUUGACGUUGGCCUUGGGGAUGCAAAAUGCUAUCAUCUUGUCUACAAGCACAUACUACAGGGGAGUUUGGGAUAAAACUUGGCUUGACUUCCAGGUUGAACAAGACUCGAGUUUAUCGGCAUCUAUCCUAUACCCUCUCACAGUAGUGUUUAUCAAAUUUUCUUUGCUUCUUUUCUAUUACAACCUCUCAGUAUGGAAUCCACUAAGGUGGGCAACCAUUGCAACUGGUUUCUGCGUGAUUGCCAAUGCACUCGCCACAAUCUUUGCAUGGUCCUUCCAGUGCAACCCUACUUUGCCUUGGAAACACCAAAACUAUAUGAAUCCUCAGGGCGCUUGCCUAGUGGAUACUUGGAAGCUCGAGGUUGCUACUGGAUCAGUCAAUAUCAUCACAGAUGUUCUUAUCUGGAUUAUCCCAAUCCCAAUGAUCUGGAGAAUGCAGCUUAGUCUCAGGGAACGGAUCAUUUCAAUAAUCACACUCGGUGUCGGUGCUCUGGCUUGUAUUGCUUGCGCUAUCCGAGUUCGGCUUAUCAAUAUGGCGUGGUAUGGCUCUUCUGACGAGAGCAAUGCUUCCAUAAUAUGCAUUUGGACAAUUACCGAGCUCUAUCUCGCCCAAAUCUGUGCUUCAAUUCCAUCUAUUCGUGCUUUGGUGCUUAGCAAGGCGCCUCAACUCUUAGGAAGCGAGUCUGCUGAUCGGAAGGAAAAUGUCUAUGAUAAAUACAACCACUACGAUCAAUUCCCAGACUUUGCUAGUCAAACGAGCCUAGACAAGUCUUCUCCGGAAGUAUCAGUCAUAGCACACGAGCUCUUUGAGAAGCGUGCGGACAAUAGAGUUUAA